UGCACCAUAUUAGCCCAAAAUUCUACAAAGUGCGAUUUUGCUGUUUUAGAAAAACGAUGGCGACUCCGAGGAAAAAGUUGUUACGGAAGCAAAAAAGGAGCUGAAGCGAAAACGCACUGAAGAUGCGCAUGGAAAUGUCUCUGAAUCGGUAGUCUCCGAAAAGAAGGUGAAACUUGAGGGACCAUUAAAAUUGGCAAUAGAUCCUACAUCCCUGGCAGCCAGGAAGGAAAAGAAGAAGCAGCUGCUGAAAGAGAAGUUGAAGGAAGGACUACCGCUCACAGAGCUGAUUGGGAAAGGUAUAAACGAUUUGAUUGGAACAAAGGAAGAAGAAAUUCACGAAGUCAAAGAGGAAAAGCAUCAUAAGGAAACUGCAAGCGGAGGAACAGAAACUGUCAAGAAAAAGAAAAAGAAAGUUAAGAAGAAUGUAAAAGUGGUGAAACCAGUCGUUGCUCCGAAGAAGCACCAGCAGUCCUCCUCAGAACCACCUGCACCGCUUGAAACUGAUGAAGACAAAGCUGAAGCAGAUGCUUGGGAGGAAGACAAGGGAAAGAAGAAGAAGAAAAUGAAGAAGAAGACUAAGGACAACCAAGCUAAGGAAGAAGAUGAUAAGGCCGAGCUAAAAAAGAAGAAGCCAAAGAACAAAUUUGAACCAGUAAAGGAAGAUGAAACUGAAAAAGGAGAAGAAGCGUCGCAAUCAAGCUCAGCUCAGCAACCACGGCAGAAUCCACGAAAAUACAACGAACUACUCGAGAAGCUAGCCUCAAUUACAAAAGAGGGAGAGGUUCGCCAAGCCAUAUCCGCUGAAAUUAAAGCUGGAAAGCUUGAGGAAAUGGAACUCAUGACUGUGUUAAGGAUGUGGAGACAACAAAAGCGGAGAAAGAUGAUAGCUGAAAAUAAGGAAAAACUUGUGCAAAUGGAAGGGUCUCUGGAAGAGAUCAAGGCAUGUUUUUCCACUUUUGUUAGUAUGCUGCAAGCUCAGAAUCUUUCUUGA